AAACUCCAAACCCUAAUAAAUGUGGAAAAGCCGAAAGACCUAAAAAGUAAAAACCGGCAUUCUCCCAAUUUCAAAUUUCGAAACUUGGCGCUCUUUGCAUAUACCAUUUCCCCUUCCGCUUCGAUCCCCCCCAAAAAGAGAGCCAUUUUCUAAAUUCACAGUUCAGUUCUCUUUCAAUAGCAAUGGGAGGAGCCCACAGUCGCGACGAUCUGAUUUCAGACUCAGACGAGGAGGAGUAUGAAGAAGAAAACGGAGAAGAAGAAGAGUACCAAGAUUCCAAAGACGAGACCCCGGAAAGAUCUUCAGAUCGAAGACCCAAAACGCCGUCCUCUAUCGACGAAGUGGAGACUAAGCUCAAAGCCCUCAAGCUCAAAUACGGAUCGGCCAACCCCCAAAAUCCAUCUCUUACAAACGCCGUUAAGUUGUACCUCCACAUCGGCGGUAACACCCCUAAAGCCAAAUGGGUCACUUCCGAGAAGCUCACCUCUUUCUCUUUCAUCAAGACAUCGAAAAUCAACUGUCAGGAUGGAGAGGAAGAUGAUGAAGAGAGUGAAAACGAAGAGGAAAACAGGGAAGCUUGGUGGGUUCUGAAGGUUGCUAACAAAAUUAAAGUGAAGGUCGGGGUGGAAAUGCAGCUUAAGAGUUUUGGAGAUCAACGUAGGGUUGAUUUCGUUACCAAGGGGGUUUGGGCUAUGAAGUUUUUUAGCGAUGAAGAGUAUAGGAACUUCAUUAGCAAGUUUAAUGACUGUUUGUUUGAGAAUACUUAUGGGAUCGAGUCAAAUGAUGCUAACAAAGUUAAGGUUUACGGAAAAGAUUUUAUUGGAUGGGCCAAGCCUGAAGCAGCUGAUGAUUCUAUUUGGGAAGAUGCUGAGGAUGUUUCGUUCAACAGCCCUCAACCAGUGAGGGCAAAUCAGAAUCUCAGGGAGGAGAUUGAGGAGGCGGCAAACGGAGGGAUUCAAAGCUUGGCUCUGGGGGCAUUGGAUAAUAGUUUUUUGGUGGGUGAUUCAGGUAUUCAAGUUGUUAAGAAUUUUGCUCACGGGAUUCACGGUAAAGGUGUUUACGUAAAUUUUGACCAUGGGAAUCAGAAGAGUGCUUCAAAGCUGGUGCAUUCAACACCGAAGAGAGCUCUUCUUAUGAAAGCUGAGACGAAUAUGCUGCUCAUGAGUCCAACGACUGAAGGGAAGCCUCACACAACUGGGCUUCAUCAGCUGGAUAUCGAGACUGGGAAGAUAGUCACGGAGUGGAAGUUCGGGAAAGAUGGAACUGAUAUUACAAUGAGAGAUAUUAUAAAUGAUAGUAAGGGAGCUCAGUUGGACCCAUCAGGAGCCACAUUCUUAGGAUUGGAUGAUAAUAGGCUCUGCAGGUGGGAUAUGCGAGACCGGAAUGGGAUAGUUCAGAAUCUGGCUACUAGCACCCCUGUUUUGAACUGGGCUCAAGGGCAUCAGUUUUCAAGAGGGACUAACUUCCAGUGCUUUGCAACCACUGGUGAUGGCUCUAUUGUUGUUGGGUCUCUUGAUGGGAAGAUCCGUUUGUACUCAACCAAUUCUAUGAGACAGGCAAAGACAGCGUUUCCAGGCCUUGGGUCGCCUAUCACUCAUGUUGAUGUUACCUUUGAUGGAAAGUGGAUAUUGGGCACAACUGAUACCUAUUUGAUUCUUAUUUGCACCCUUUUCACUGACAAGGAUGGCAAGACAAAGACAGGUUUUAGUGGGCGUAUGGGGAAUAGGAUUGCUGCCCCAAGGUUGUUAAAGCUCACUCCUCUGGAUUCACAUUUAGCUGGGGUUAAUAACAAGUUCCGUAAUGCUCAAUUUUCAUGGGUCACAGAGAAUGGGAAGCAGGAACGCCAUCUAGUUGCAACAGUAGGCAAGUUUAGUGUAAUAUGGAACUUCCAACAAGUGAAGAAUGGAUCUCAUGAAUGCUACCAUAAUCAAGAGGGUCUCAAGAGUUGCUACUGUUAUAAGAUAGUCAUUAAGGAUGACUCAAUUGUUGAUAGUCGUUUCAUGCAUGACAAGUUUGCCGUCACUGAUUCUCCCGAAGCUCCACUGGUUAUUGCCACUUCCUUGAAAGUCAGCUCGUUCAGCAUAUCCAGCAAGCGAUGAUGACAUUCUCAGAUACAACUGUUUCGCUUUACUCUAUUUGAUCAUUUUCCAAACAUUGCUGGGCAAGUCACUGCUGCAAUUUACAGAGCUUCUCAACUUUAUUUUUCCUUAUUAGAUUAGGUGUCUUUGAAAGUUUUUCUGCAAACCCUUGUUUGGUUUAAGCUUCUUAUAUGUGAUCCUAGUAUUUUUAUUUUUACUCAUCGCCGUGUUUUAGUUCUAAAUAAAAGGCAGCCACUGCUUUCUAACUCAAAAGCUAUUGGCAGCUAGGAAGACUUUGUUAUGC